CAGACAUGAAUGAUAUUGUCAGCUGAAUGAUACUGAUGGACUUCCUUGAAAACAGAAACGGACAAAGAUAGAGAUCUUGUUAAUUGCGUUCAGACUAUCUGAUCAUGUCGUUGACUAUAUCAGAUAUGGUAGAGACUUUAAAGAAUGCUAUGCAAGAUCUUCAACUGACACAGAACCGUGUCAAAGAGAGAACAAAUGUUAAACACAUCAAAGCUGGACUCAGUAAUGAGAUAAAAGGACUUGAAGGAAUCGAGGAGCGUUUAGCAAAUUUUGAGAAUAUUUCAUGCAGAGAUUCUUCUCAGCUGCAAGCAAUACUGGGAACAGCAGAAAAGUUAUCCGUGAAAUUGGAUAUAGUUUCUAUUGCCUUUAAGAACAGAACAAGCACUUCCAAACCUACAGAAUUGAAUAAACAAAGAUUAACAUCUGAUACAUAUUCAAACCAGAUAGAGCCAAAUCAAGCAAAAAAAGAAACUAUCACAUCCUGUGAGCAGAAUGUUAAAGAAAUACAUGGAAAAGGACAGAAAAGUUGUUCGAAAUUCCAGAACGAUGUAGCACCAGAAAAAGUAACAGACAUGCAUCGCCGAAGUCAGAUAGAAGAUAAUGUCAGCAAAGUAGUUAUUUUAAAACAAGAAAAGCAACCAAAGAUAAUACAAUUUAUAAACGGUUUCAAACAUUGCAGAACCGAUGACGACCUUGACAAUAGAAUGUGUUAUAAGAGAAAGAAAUGCUGUUUUCAAGGAGAAAUGUUACAUCCACUAAUUGCAACAACCGAAAACCAGAAUCAUGAAGAACCUACGCCCAACAUAACCAUAUAUUAUUUGAAUGAAAGGAGACAAAACAAGACAAACGUUAGAUCAUCUGAAAGACCGAGGGGAAUAAUGACAUUGGCUCAGAAUGCUGUAAGAGAUUUUGACAGUAGACAGAAGGUUCAUUCAUACGAAGAAUGGUUCGAGAUCGCAAAACAAUCGCAUAUGGAAGUUGGAAUGAAAUUGGCGUUGAGCAAUGGGAAAAGGAGUUCCCGCGGACAUAACUAUAUGUUACUGUUGGAUACAUCAGAGAGUAUGCAUGGAGAAAAAUUUGAUACAAUGAUAAAAACUGCUACAAACUUCAUCGAUGGUCUGCAUCAGGUCAGUUUAAGAAUCGGUAUACGAGAUAAUGUUGGACUAGCUCAUUUUGGAAAAGACACUGAAUUAAUUACGCAUCCUAUAGCGGAGUAUGAUGAUAUCAAGAGAGAAAUAGCCAAGUUGAGACCUGGUGGUCCAUCUCCACUAGCAGCCGGUAUGUUGAUGGCAUUGUCUGGAAUUCAUAACUGUGGUCCCACUACCCUCGAGAACCAUGAGUUCCUACCGUACAUUAUUGUGAUAACGGAUGGAAUUCCAACUAGCGUUGAUGCUACUAGUGAAGCGGACAGAGACAGUAUUGGAAUGAUGGAAGAGUCGUCUAUACCAGAUUUAUUGAAUAUGUUGCAAUUCGCGAGUGAAAUAGGUAAAAUUGUUCAACAUAUUGCACAUAGAGGAACGAAAAUAUUUUGUGUACCAAUAGGAGCUGCGAACACUGAUAUUAUGAGUAUGGUUGUUAAAAAGACUUUUGGCAAGUUCAUACCACCAGAUCAGAUUCAACGUCUUACACAAAAUACACAAGUUCUGCUCCAUUCAUCAAUAAUAGCAAACCAAUUGGAGACAACUUCUGAGAUUAAUAGAUCUACCGUAAAAACAGCUGUUCGUUCUGCUAGUUCGCCUAGUCUGCAGGAAUUAGAUGCAUAUGAUGAUAUCACGGAUAAUAUCAUGUUGUUAUUGGAUCCUGUAACGCAAUAUCAUGGUCGGUUCAAACAACCAAACUGUCAAGCUGUACAGUUAGGAACACGUGUUCGAAGAGGACCAGAUUGGCAAUGGCAAAAUCAGGAUUCGGAAAUGGCUGGUACUGUUAUUGGUGAAGAUAAACGUGGGAAGAUACGUGUCGAAUGGGAUAGUGGUAACGAGAACAUUUAUAGAUAUGAUGAAACCAAUGAGUGUUAUGACAUUGAACCUGUAAAUGAACCUAGGCGACUAGAAAAUGAGUUGAUUGCUGUUGGAUGCAGAGUUAAAAGAGGUAAAGAUUGGAAGUACGGUGAACAGGAUGGUGGAAGAGGUAGCCGAGGUACUAUCCUGUGUGUUGAAUCAAACGGAAAAGUUGUGGUUCACUGGGAUCGAAGAAGACUUGGAACAUACAAAUUUGCAUGUGAUGGUCUGUUUGAAGUGGCAGUCUGCGAGGAUGGUCGUAUGAUUGGUUCACCGGAUUUGAUAGACAAUGAGGAGAACAGUAGACAGGAAAUGGUAUCCGAGUUACCCCUUAUACUACCUACCCAUACCAACAAAAUGAAGCCAGUUAAAUCUACCUGGCAGUAUCAAAAUGCUAGUGGUAACUGGGAGUCUUAUGAUGAAGAAACUAAUGUUAAGAUAGAACGUGCGUACAUCAGAAAAACAAAUGGUAAAUGUAUUGUGGAAAUAAACAAAACAUUGCAUGUUGUACUGUUUUCAAAGAUGAUUCAAGAAAACCAAACAGACCAUAGCUCAGUUCCUGUUCAGCGUUUAGAUAAAACAACCGAUCUUACAGCUACAGAGGCGAAACAAUUGAAUGACAUCCAAUUUUGACAAUAUGAAGUAUGCGGACUAAAAGGAUCAAGCUGACAGACUUUAAAAUGUACAUCGUUUUAUAAUAGUUUUUUAUAAUAGUUAUGUUAUAUUUGACAAACAAAAAAACUACAACAGUACAUAUGAUCUUCCUAUAACAUGUGUAAAGAACUACUAGUAUUUUACAGAGAAUGGGUUGCUUCAAGGACAUUUUGUUGUUAAAAAAUGCUUAAUACAUAUUUGUAAAAUAAUAUCUGUUCAUAGGAUACUGUGUCCUGCUCGCACUAUCACAUUUCCAUGUUCAGUAAACAUCAAAAUCUGGGUCAAAUCCCUAAUUUUGUCAUUUAUUUAAAAAAAAAAGUUCAAUUCAUAAUGAUCUUGGAUACAAAGAUGUAAUCACAACUUCUUGGAAGAUGACCUUAAACCAAAACUUUAACCUGAUACGGGACGGACGUCGAAUCGACUAACGACGGACGCACCAACUAGAAAACAAUAUGAACAUAAACAAUAAAAAAUUCACUCUU